UGCCCCGCUCCGCGCUCACUUCCGCUGGGCCGGUGGCAGCGGGCGGCGGCGGGAGCGCGGCGGGAGGCGCCGGUUCAAAGCAGACGGAGACCCGAGUGCCUGCGAGAAGAGAAUAAGGUGCGAGCUGCUCCGUGGCCCGCGGGAACGCCUUCCCUGAACUGUCUCGCGUGCCCUCCUUAAAGCUCACACCCGGCAGCGGUUUCGGACCCUCCCCGAGGGCCGAGCUCCAGUGAAAUCGCCGCUGUCGGGGUUGUCCGAAGGGCCGUCGCAUCCCGGCCCUGCAGAGCAGCCCUGCCUCGGGCUCCGACGUGGAGACUUCGGGCAGAAGAGCACAAGCAGCAGUUUGCUUCUCGGAGUCCCUUGCUGGCGCUGCAGGGCUUGGAGGAGUUGUGAUGAGACGUGCUGCUAGCUGGAGACCACGAUGACGGACUCGAAGUACUUCACCACCACAAAGAAAGGGGAGAUAUUCGAGCUGAAGGCAGAAUUGAACAGCGACAAGAAGGAGAAGAAGAAAGAGGCCGUGAAGAAGGUGAUAGCGUCGAUGACUGUUGGCAAAGAUGUCAGUGCUCUCUUCCCAGAUGUGGUGAACUGCAUGCAGACGGACAACCUUGAGCUGAAGAAGCUGGUCUACCUCUACCUAAUGAACUAUGCCAAGAGCCAGCCAGAUAUGGCUAUCAUGGCAGUCAACACAUUUGUGAAGGACUGUGAGGAUCCAAACCCUCUGAUCCGGGCUCUGGCUGUGCGGACCAUGGGCUGCAUCCGGGUGGACAAGAUAACGGAGUAUCUCUGUGAGCCCCUGCGGAAGUGUCUGAAAGACGAGGACCCUUACGUGCGCAAGACGGCAGCCGUCUGUGUGGCAAAGCUCCACGACAUCAAUGCUCAGCUGGUAGAGGACCAAGGCUUCCUAGAUACCCUUAAGGACCUCAUCUCGGACUCCAACCCCAUGGUAGUGGCCAAUGCAGUAGCGGCGCUCUCGGAAAUAGCGGAGUCUCACCCAAGCAGUAACCUCCUGGACCUAAACCCCCAGUCCAUCAACAAGCUGCUCACAGCCUUGAACGAGUGCACCGAGUGGGGCCAGAUCUUCAUCCUGGACUGCCUGGCAAACUACAUGCCCAAGGAUGACCGGGAAGCGCAGAGCAUUUGUGAGCGCGUGACGCCUCGGCUGUCCCACGCCAACUCCGCGGUGGUGCUCUCAGCGGUAAAGGUGCUAAUGAAGUUCAUGGAGAUGCUGUCGAAGGACCUGGAUUAUUAUGGCACGCUGCUGAAGAAGCUGGCCCCGCCGCUGGUCACCCUGCUCUCCGCAGAGCCAGAGCUGCAGUACGUGGCUCUGCGCAACAUCAACCUCAUCGUGCAGAAGAGGCCUGAAAUCCUGAAGCACGAGAUGAAGGUGUUCUUUGUGAAGUACAACGACCCCAUCUACGUCAAACUGGAGAAACUGGACAUCAUGAUCCGCUUGGCUUCCCAGGCCAACAUAGCCCAGGUGCUUGCGGAGCUGAAGGAGUACGCCACGGAGGUGGACGUGGACUUUGUAAGGAAGGCGGUUCGAGCCAUCGGCCGCUGUGCCAUCAAGGUCGAGCAAUCGGCUGAGCGCUGCGUCAGCACCCUGCUGGACCUCAUCCAGACCAAAGUCAACUACGUGGUGCAGGAGGCCAUCGUCGUCAUCAAGGACAUCUUCCGCAAGUAUCCCAACAAGUACGAGAGCGUGAUUGCCACCCUGUGCGAGAACCUGGACUCCCUGGACGAGCCCGAGGCCCGGGCCGCCAUGAUCUGGAUUGUGGGGGAGUACGCCGAGCGGAUCGACAACGCCGACGAGCUCCUGGAGAGCUUCCUGGAGGGGUUCCACGAUGAGAGCACCCAGGUUCAGCUGCAGCUGCUGACAGCGAUUGUGAAGCUGUUUCUGAAGAAGCCCACGGAGACGCAGGAGCUGGUGCAGCAGGUGCUGAGCCUGGCUACUCAGGACUCGGACAACCCGGACCUGCGAGACCGCGGCUACAUCUACUGGCGCCUGCUCUCCACCGACCCGGUGGCUGCCAAGGAAGUGGUGCUGGCGGAGAAGCCCCUCAUCUCCGAGGAGACGGAUCUGAUAGAGCCAACGCUGCUGGAUGAGCUCAUCUGUUACAUCGGGACGCUGGCCUCCGUCUACCACAAGCCUCCCAGCGCCUUCGUGGAGGGCAGCCGGGGGGUCGUGCACAAGAGCUUGCCUCCGCGAACGGGCUCGAGCGAGAGCGCGGAGAGCCCCGACACGGCCCCCUCGGGGGUCCAGGCGCCGGAGCAGCCGGCCGUCAUCCCCACUCAGGGUGACCUUCUGGGUGACCUGCUGAACCUGGACCUGGGCCCCCCGGUGAGCGGGCCCCCCAUGGCCACCUCCUCCGUGCAGAUGGGCGCCGUGGACCUCCUCGGAGGUGGCUUGGACAGCCUGAUGGGGGACGAGUCGGAAGGGCUGAGGAGCGAUGUGGGAGGCAGCCCUGCCAUGGGCGGCGGCGGCGGCUUCGCAGCACCCAGCGCCGCAGCACCCGCGACCCUGGGGGCACCCCUCAGCAGCGGCCUGGGAGACCUCUUCGACCUCACCGGGGGAGUGGGCACGCUGUCGGGAUCCUACGUAGCGCCCAAAACGGUGUGGCUCCCUGCCAUGAAGGCCAAGGGGUUGGAGAUCUCCGGCACAUUCAGCCGCCAGGUGGGCUCCAUCUCCAUGGACCUCGUGCUGACAAACAAAGCCCUGCAGGUCAUGUCCGACUUUGCCAUCCAGUUCAACCGCAACAGCUUUGGCCUGGCCCCGGCAGCUCCUCUCCAGGUCCACGCGCCUCUCGCCCCCAACCAGUCGGUGGAGAUCUCCCUUCCCCUGAACACAGUCGGCUCCGUCAUGAAGAUGGACCCCCUGAACAACCUGCAGGUCGCGGUGAAAAACAACAUUGACGUGUUCUACUUCAGCACGCUGUAUCCGCUGCACAUCCUCUUCGUGGAGGACGGGAAGAUGGAGCGGCAGAUGUUCCUGGCCACGUGGAAGGACAUUCCCAACGAGAACGAGGCCCAGUUCCAGAUCAAGGACUGUUCUCUCAAUGCAGAUGCCGUUAGCAGCAAGCUCCAAGGCAGCAACAUUUUCACCAUCGCCAAGAGGAACGUGGAGGGCCAAGACAUGCUCUACCAGUCCCUGAAGCUGACCAACGGGAUCUGGGUGCUGGCAGAGCUGCGGAUCCAGCCCAGCAAUCCCAGCUUCACGCUCUCCCUGAAAUGCCGCGCGCCGGAGGUGGCCCCCUACGUCUUCCAGGCCUACGAGACCGUCCUGAAGAACUGAGGGGCCACGGCACCCCGUCCGCCUCGCCGCCCCAGGAAGCGGGGCAGGACCUGCGUGCAUGUUUCCUCUUUCUCCUUCCAAGGAACAAACAUGAGCAAGAUCCCCUCUGGCCGUCGCCCUCGAGCCGGCGGGACCCGAGGGCUGGGAGCGGAGCUGGUGCUCCCGUUGCCGUGGGGGCCGGGGAGGGUGGAGGAGGGCAGGGGCUUCCCAGCCGCUCCGUGCAUCCGUGUAGAAAUCCCUGUGUGAGUAAUGCAGUGUCCUUCUUGGUAGCGUCGCCCCUGCGGGCGCCCUGUUUUCACCCUCGAGGCCCACGCGAGCCCUUUCGUGCGGAGCUGGGGCGCGGGGAGACGGCGCGACGGCUUGCGCAAGGCUCCUUCCCCUCUCGCCUCCGCUUCCUCGGGCCUCUGGCGGGUCGGUGCCCUCGUGCCCGUGCCUGUCCCUGUCCCUGGCCCUGCAACAAUCGCCCUCUCCCUGGUGGUGGGUCUCACACCUGACCACGCGUGGUGGCUGCUGAAGGAUUCAGUGCUCAUCUCUGAUGGAGCGGCUCAGAGCCAGCUGUGGAGGGGGGUCCUGGAUGGAGCUGCUGGGGGAGCAGCACUGGGAGCCUGGCAGGGCUCCCCGUCCCCCCUGGCACCCCGACCCUCCCGAGGCUGCUGCUCCUCGGGGCUCGGCGUACUCCUGCCUCGGCUGGACCUUGCUUUGGCUCCUUCCCGCUGUUGGGGGCUGGCCCCAGGGAGCCCCAGCUCCACGUUUGCCCCAUCUGGCAGCCGCCAUCCCUUGGAUGAGGGGCUCCCCAAAGGGCUCGAGGCUAUGAAAAGGGCUUUCCCAGGAGGGCCUCACCCAGACACGGCUGCCUGGGGCUGGGGAGCCUCCGUCGGCCGCGGGAGCUGGGCUGGCCACCGUCCCUCUGGGCACUGCGGCUUCAUCCCUGCCCCAGGCUGCCGGAGCAGAGGUGCUGCCUUCCCCAGCGGUGACACUAAUUGUCCCCCUCCCCCCAAAUAAAGCCAUUGAUCACCCCUGAAUAGAAGUGUUCAGUGCAAGUUUUCAGCUCCCGCCAGUAAAUAUCUAAUAUAUAUAAUAUAAAUAUAUUGUAUGUUCACUUGUUUUAAAAGGACAUGGAAUAAAGGUGACAUCUGCCCAUGGA